UAUCAAUCUAACUCAAUUAUGUCAUGCUUGUAUGUUUACUUAUUUUAUUAAUAAAUUUUCAAACCCUUCUUUCCUUCUUUAAUUACACCACUUUCUCUCUCACUUUCCCAGCUAUAUACCUAAUAAUAAUACUUCUCUUCCUUCUCAAAAUUUCAUCAGAUCCAUUAUUAUUAUUAACUCAAUUUUAUUCUCUUCUUAAUUAAUUUUGUACUAAAUACAAUUAGUAAGAAAUUAAUUAAUAAAAUGUCUGGGUUAGAAUCAGGUGGUGGAGUGGGUUCACGUUACAAUAUCCACCAACUACUUGGACCGGCAGAUCUUCAACUCAACGAUUCAAAUCUCAAUAACUCGCCAACUCACCACUCCGACGCACCAACCACAAGUUCGGGUGGUGGAGGCGGCGGAGUAGGAGGAGGAAGCGGUUCUUCCGGAAGGAGGCCACGUGGCCGUCCUUCUGGAUCCAAAAACAAGCCCAAACCACCUAUUUUCAUAACAAGAGAUAGUCCAAACGCGCUCAGAUCUCACGUUUUGGAAAUCUCGGCCGGCUCCGACGUAGUCGAAGCCGUGUCAAGUUACGCCCGUCGCCGCGGUAGAGGAGUCUGUAUCCUCAGCGGGACGGGCGCAGUGACUAACGUCACGUUACGUCAGCCUUCGGCUUCGGGAGGCGUGAUCACUCUCCACGGAAGGUUUGAGAUUCUUUCCCUGACCGGAACUUCUCUUCCGCCGCCGGCUCCGCCGGGUGCCGGCGGCCUGACUAUUUAUUUGAGCGGCGGACAGGGACAGGUUGUUGGAGGAAACGUGGCGGGGCCGUUGUCGGCUUCUGGACCGGUGGUUUUGAUGGCGGCUUCUUUCGCUAAUGCGGUGUUUGAUAGAUUGCCUCUGACAGAAGAAGUGGAAGAAUCUACUACUGUUCCGACUACUUCGCAAUCUUCGGGGGUGACAGGUGGCGGCAUCGCUGCCGCGGUAGGUGGCGGUGGUAGUGGUGGUGGUGCUGUUCCCUUCUAUAAUUUACAACAAGGGAAUUUUAAUAAUAAUAAUAAUAAUAACAAUAAUAAUAAUAAUGCCCUAAUUGGUGGUGAUCAACAAGGGUUUGGUUGGGGUGGUAAUAUUAAUAAUGCCACUACUCCAUCAAGGUCACAAUUUUAGUAUAUGUUGUAUGUAUAUAUAUUAUGUAUAUAUUUAUAUAGUAUUGUAUUACUAUAUAUGUAUAUAUAUUAUUAUAUAUAUAUAUAUGUACUUAUUUAUUUUUAUAUAUUUUGAGUUUGGAGGAUAUGAUGAGAGAAGGAUAUAUAAAUGGAAGUUAGGUCAUCAAUAUCAUCAUCAAGAUCAAGAAUUAAUCAUCAUCAGUAAGUAAAUUAAUUAACAGUUUUUAUGUACAAAAAAACUUUAAUUUAUUUAUGAGAUUUAUAUAUAUAUUAUCAAAUAUUUAUUA